CUAGAAUAGGCAAGUCUCAUAUGUGUCAUGUACAGCGGUUGAACUGCACCCACCUGUCUAAUCAUUUUACAUGAAUUUCUUGAUGCGCGUCAGCCAUUCCGCCCACAAUUCACAAAUACACUUGUCUGUCUUCUCCACCACCCUGAAGCACGCUUCACAUGCUGCUCCACCAUUCCCGACACCCACCAGGUGCCGAAUCAUCAACUUCCUUACUCUCUAGUAACAGAGAGCGUUCUUCCACCUUACGGCCCGCUAAGAAAUCUAGUCCAAAAUUACACCUGUCAUCCGUUACAGCCAAGCGACCUCCUUCGCCUACGCUUGAUACCCGGUCAUUGAAAUCCCCAACUAAACCCCACCCGAGACCGACUAGCCCUACCAAUGGCACUGCCCAUUCCUCAGGGUUUCGUGCACAGCUUGCCCAUCUCUUGCCUCGCCAUGCUAUAUUUCUCUUGCGCCUUACCAUACAUCAGCUCAGCAGCGUCCCGUUUGUCAAUGGAGAAUUCGAAGUACGGUGGAAGUUCAAGGGGGUCACAUCUGGUGGAGGUCUAUUGGGAAAGGUGAAGGGUAAGGGCAAGGCUAUAGGGAGUACCACCCCGAACGGGAGUCCCAAUUCAACUAAAGGAAAAGAGAAGGAGAAGCCUCACGAAAGCGAAAUAGACGCAGCCAAUGUCAAUGACGCCUCAGACGCUCAAAGUAUCACCAACUCCAAUUCAUCCCACUCACAUGACCCAUCCAUCCCCUCAGUCAUCGUAUCCGUAAACUCACCUAUAGUAUCCCCUACUUCAACCUCAAAUACGCACACCGUCUCAACCCCUAGUACAUCCUCAUCAUCUUCCAAUUCUCGUGCUCAACUCGUACCCCCACAAUACCUUUCCGCUGACUGGUUACCCCAAUCUGCCCCACCAGACCCUUCCCCUUCUCUCGCUAAAUCACCUCCGAACGCCUAUUCUCCUGCCAAAGGACACACUGCGUUCGAACAGCUUAAGGAACACAGCGUGGCAUGGGAACACACUCUUGAUGUUAUGGUCCAGAUAGGUAUUGGUAGGGAAACUAACGAACUCGGAGGUUGCGAGGCAAAAUUCGUCGUUAUGCAGCGAGUUAUUCCAGGCGAUCCAGACGCACCGCGAAAUCCUAGGCUUGGCGCUGUGAGCCUAAAUCUCGCUCAAUACGUCGAUGCUGGAGUCGUCACUCGCCGCUAUUUGCUUAGGCAGAGCAAGACCAAUGCUACGCUCAAGCUCACCGUCCAAUUAGAACACAUCAGUGGCGAAUCAUCCUACAUCGCCCCACCUCUCCCUAAAGGAGAGAUCUUAAGUGGGGUAGCUGGUCUACUCGACAACGACAUCUUCCGAACACGACCACGCACCCUCGACCUCUACGCAAACGCAAACUCAUCCUCAUCCUCUGUAUCCACCAUCUCGACCCACUCUUCUAGAAAACGCAGGCCUGGUUCAAAGCGAAAAAAGAACCCGCUGGACGCGAGCCAACUUCCCAAUACUCGUGGUAUCCGUGGGACGGAGAAGCUCAUCGAAGCGCUGUUUAACCCUGCACCUGUCACGCGCCCAGGGCAACUCACCCCCUUCACAUAUCUCCACGAGCCCUCAGCGCAGCUGCAUGACCACUCUCGAGAAGUCGCCACAGAAGAUGGGCACGUCCAAGUUUACGCGGACGAGGAUGAAGCAAGACUCGCAGAUGAAUCUUUAUAUUCAAAUUCGAAUUCAGAUUUCGUGGACCUGAACCACCCUCUUCCAGCACGCCAAGGCUCGGAGAGCGAUUAUCAGAGUAUUCGCUCGAAGUGGACUGGCUCGUUACGGGCGCCGUCUAUAAAGAGUAUGCGGUCUGUUGCUAUGAGUCGGUCAGAAGUCAACGUUAACGAGCUCGGCUUGAGCACUACUGUGUCGAAUACGACUAUUGUGGAGAAGCGGGUGUGGUGGCGGAAGGUGCUUCAUGCCGGAGCUGCAUCAUGAUCGUAGGGGUCUUUCUUUUUCCUGCAUUUACGUUUUUUGUCCCCUUUAAGGUUGCUCUUCUCACUCAAGUUUUCGAUUUUGUUAUUGCGCUGCACUGCUCUGGGAGGAUUCAAACAAUCGGGUUUUCAUUUAUAUAUCUAUAGCUGCAUUUUGCUCUUACCACAUUGUUCUGUUCGUUCAUCUUUCACUACAUAAAUCUUACGGUAUGGUAUAUAGCCAUGCCUUAGUCGAUUAUUUUAUUCUCACGCUAGCGCUGAGCACUUGAAAUGAAAUGAGACACAAGUUUAACUUGAAAGAAA